CAUAAUGACAUUUCCAUUGAAUGAAAAAGGUGAUAUGGAGCAGUAACGAGCUAGAAAAACAAGGAUUUUACGCUAUCUAGUAGUCUUGAUUUGAAGAAUCUUGGAAUGGAAGUUGAAGAGAGUUCAUCUGAUGUGUCAGCAGAUGGUAAUAACUGGCCUGGAAGAUGGGGCCAUUUGCAAAAGCUUCUUGUUCGUAGUGGACCACUUGCGCAUCAAGACUUUGAACCAGGCCCACAGGUUCUAGAUUUUAUACUAGAAAAUGCAAAGGUAUUGGUUAUUGGUGCAGGGGGACUAGGUUGUGAACUAUUAAAAGAUUUGGCUCUUUGUGGCUUUAGAAACAUAGAUGUUAUAGACAUGGAUACCAUUGAAAUUUCAAACUUAAACAGACAGUUUUUAUUUAGGCCUAAAGAUAUAGGAAGACCUAAGGCUGUAGUGGCAUCUGAAUUUGUUAAUUCUCGGAUAGCAGGAUGCUGUUGUACUCCCCAUUAUGAUAAGAUCCAAGACCAUGAUACAGAUUUCUACAGAACCUUUCACAUUGUUGUGUGUGGAUUGGAUUCAAUUGUAGCAAGAAGAUGGAUAAAUGGCAUGUUGAUGAGUCUUCUGGAGUAUGAUGAUGAUGGGAACCUAGACCAGAGCUCAGUGAUACCUAUGGUGGAUGGCGGUACUGAAGGUUUUAAGGGGAAUGCAAGAAUCAUUAUUCCAGGGAUGACAUCUUGUAUUGAAUGUACACUAGAUCUCUACCCUCCACAGGUGAAUUUUCCAUUGUGCACCAUUGCACACACACCAAGAUUACCUGAGCAUUGUGUUGAGUAUGCUAGGGUACUUCUAUGGCCUCAGGAACAACCAUUUGGAGCUGAUGUUCCAGUUGAUGGUGAUGAUUCUGAACACAUUCAAUGGAUACUCAACCAUGCAAGGCAGCGUGCAGAUGAGUUCAAAAUCAAGGGAGUGACAUAUAGACUUACUCAAGGAGUCGUCAAGAACAUUAUCCCAGCUGUAGCAUCAACUAAUGCAGUUCUUGCAGCUGCCUGUGCUCUUGAGGUUUUUAAACUAGCGACAAGCUGUUGUAAUCCUUUGAAUAACUACAUGGUGUUCAAUGACACCCAGGGUCUGUACACCUAUACAUUUGAAGCAGAAAAAAAAGAUGAUUGUGCUGCUUGCAGUCAAAGACCACAAGUUCUAGCAUUCAGUGAAAACACCACUCUAAAGGAUGUUGUAAACUUUCUUUGUGAAGAUUCCAAGUAUCAGAUGAAAGCUCCAGGAAUCACAACUAUGAUCGAUGGAAAAAAUAAGACAUUGUAUAUGCAGUCCGUUAAAUCGAUAGAGGAACGAAUAAGAGGAAAUCUGUCCAAAACCCUUCAAGAGCUCGGACUAACUGAUGGACACGAGAUAGUGAUUGCAGACUCGACCACACCUAAAGCUAUUAUAUGUAAGAUCCACUACACUUCGACCAUGGAGUAGGUGCACACUAUACGUGAUAUACUCGUGAUACUUAUGCGGUGCAACAUAUAUGAUAUGUGCACUUGUAAGGAAGCAUCACAGACUUUACUAUAACUACAAUAUAACAGAGACAUUUUCUUCUAUCAUGGAGUAGGCACAUAAUGUGUGUAUGCCGUACUCAUGAUAUUAUAUGCAAAGAGAAAUGUCUGUCUGCAAGAUUACUUAGAAUUUCAUAAUUUGGGUCUUGAUUGGAAAGGCGAAACAUUGAGGGGGAGAUUCACAUAGACUACUGUUGAUGUAUUGUGACUAAAAUAUAACGGGAAAGAUAAGAAUGAGAAGGGAGCAAAGCAAAGGGACGUGACAGAAAGGAGGAGAGGAGAAGGGAAGGGAAGGGAAGGGAAGGAAAUGGAGCACCAUGGAAAGUGAGAGUAAAGAAAAGGAAUGGGAACUGAAAGAACCAAGGAGAAAAGAAAGAGGAUUGAAAGAAGAGCAAGUGGAGAAAGCGAAAGCUUUGUUUUAGUUUAGACCAGAAUCAAGACCUAGUUAGUUUUUCUUGGAGUCAUUUACCUAAUUCUCUUUUUUUAUAUAAGGAAAUGUUUUUGUGAGGAAAUGUUUUCUUUUUUGGUAUAACUUGGGAGAAAAUCGAUAAAUUUUGCUCGCUCCGUAUUUUUGUCGCGGUUCAGAUAUCACAAACGUCUCCAAAAUCUCUAAUUUUAAGCCCCUGUAUUUUUCAUUGCAUUUAUUUUUUUAUUGAAGCUUAUGUAUUCAUUAAAAACAUUUCAGAUGAAGACUUUAGUUCCAAAUAUACCUGGGGAUAAAAGAUGAUAUCGUAAAAAGGACCAUCGCCAUGAUUUCACAUCUCGCUCGCAUACUCAAAAAGACGUGAAGGUUUUUCGAGUGGAAAAGUCGCAUAGUCCCAGUAUCGCCCAUUCUAUACGGACCUUAGCCUAAUGGAAUAAUUCUAGUUCUCCCAAAUUGGGGUCAGUUUAGGGAUACUUUAGGCGGCGCAGCAAGUAUACGUAUACACCAACAUUGUCGGUCGGAGUUCGGAGUCAGUCUGAAAUCUGGGGGACUUACAGGAUGAUCCAUUCACAGCGGUUCAUUUGAAUAUCAAUAACACCUAAAUAUAAACCAAAAAAAAAGCAUCAAAUUCGCACACAACAAGGCUAUAGGAAAUUGGAUGAGACAGCUACCAAAACAUGCGAAUCAAUAUACGCGUGCAAUAACCAUUGAACAUUGACAAUACGCACUCCAUUGAUCGGUUUAAUUUAAUAACAGGAUAACUAGGUUAUUUACUGCGCUAGUCUUCAAUUACUAUCUUGAACUGCGGUACUUAUACUGAUAUCACUCUGACCCGGUGUCGGAGCUGCCUGACUGAUUGAUACCUGAAAAACUAUUCCAAUUAAAAACUCAAUGUCUAAUUGCUCAUUGAGCUAAUUAAAAAUAACUUAUCUCUUA